CUUAUUAGGCGGGGAUGAGACCGUUCGACAUUAACAGUGCAGCCACAUUUGGAAAUUAAGAGUUGUUGGAAGCUAACGAGUGGGAAAGAAGGCUCUAGAAUGUGGGUGACUAGAGGACUACCUGAGGAAAGAUCGGCGAAGAUUGUGGGAUACUGGCAGACCGGGACUUGGCGCUGCCUUGUGGGAUACUGACGGACCUCAGGCUGGAGGACUGCCUGUGGAUUGUGGGGACCCUGGAGGAAAUUAUUUGGGCCAGCGCGGGGUAUUGUGGGAUACUGGAAGAUAUCGGCUGGCGGACAGCCGGGGAUUGUGGGAUAGUGGUGGACUGAGGCUGGAGGAGCGGCAGGUUGAGGAUGGGAGCGUGUGAGCGGAGGCUCUUUUGGUGACUGGAAUGGGAGUGACAGAAUCCAAGCAAUGGCACAGGUAGAAAAAAAGGGAGGCCUUCUCCGCAAAGCAUCGUCCACCAAGAAACCCCUGAAAGAGAAGGUGGUUUUAAUGUACGAUGAAAUCUUCAAGAAUGAAGACCCAGCCAAGAACUGUCCUCGAUUCUGGGAGGAGCUCUUCCUGAUGAAGGUGAACCUGGAGUACCUGGAGGCAAAGCUGGAAUCUGUGGAUGGGGAUGAGCUGAUGAAGUUGAAGGAUAAUAUUAAUAGCCUGUUCCAGCACUGCAUAGUGUCCUUAAAUGAGGAGCAUCAGAUUAAAGUGGUGAAUGCAUUACAGACGCUGUGUGCCCUGAUUCGAGGGGUUCACCAGAAAAACAAACCGACCUCUGGCUUUGACAUUAUCAACAUGUUGAUGGGGUUUGACAAAGCUGAACUCCGGAUGAAGAACCUGAUGGAGAGUUUGGAUACUUUGCUGUGUGGUGACGGCUCCGAGAGUUUGAAGAGUCUUUGCCUGAAGCUGCUGCUUUGUUUAGUCACGGUCACAGAUAACAUCAGCCAGAACACUAUCCUGGAGUACGUGAUGAUUAACAGUAUUUUUGAAGCCAUUCUUCAGAUUCUGUCUGUGGCAUCCAGCAGAGUGCAGCAUGGCUAUGAUGGUGUGGUCCUCCUAGCACUGCUGGUUAAUUACAGAAAGUACGAGUCCGUGAACCCAUAUAUUGUGAAGUUGUCCAUUGUUGAUGAUGAGACGACAUUAAAUGGUCUGGGUCUGGUCAUCUCACAAGCCCUGACUGAAUAUAACAGGCAGUACAAAGACAAAGAAGAGGAAAACCAGGGAGGAUUCUUCUCUGCUCUAACCAACAUGGUGGGCAACAUGUUCAUAGCAGAUGCUGAGGAGAAGAUUUCAGUCCAGACCAAUGAGGCUAUCCUGCUGGCACUGUACGAAGCUGUCCACUUAAACAGAAACUUCAUCACAGUAUUAGCACAGAGCCACCCAGAUAUGGGGCUGGUUAGUAUUCCAACGACACCAACAUUGCCUACAACUCCGACCACGCCUUUGGGAAACACGCCUCCUUCAUCAGAUGUAAUGAAUUCUUCAGAGCUGACACUGGAUCCAAACCUGCACACCAGUAAUCUCCUCAUCACUUUCCUCAAGUAUUGCUCCAUUGUCAUGCAGGAUACAAAAGAUGAGCAUCGGUUGAACAGUGCCAAACUCUGCCUGAUCAUCCUUACCUGUAUUGCGGAGGACCAAUACGCUAAUGCCUUCCUGCAUGAUGACAACAUGAACUUCCGGGUUAACUUACACAGAAUGCCCAUGAGACAUCGAAAGAAGGCUGCAGAGAAGAACAUCCCCUCACGCCCUCUGGUCUGUGCUGUGUUGGAUCUAAUGGUUGAAUUUAUGGUCACGCACAUGAUGAAGGAGUUCCCUAUGGACCUUUACAUACGGUGCGUUCAGAUAGUUCACAAGCUCAUCUGUUAUCAGAAGAAGUGUCGAGUACGAUUACAUUACACUUGGCGUGAACUCUGGUCAGCGCUAAUCAAUCUGUUGAAGUUCCUGAUGUCGAAUGAGACUGUGCUUCUGGGAAAAUACAACAUCUUUGCUUUGGCCUUAAUGGUUGUGAAUUUGUUCAAUGUGUUUAUUACAUAUGGUGACACUUUUCUCCCAACGCCGAGUAGUUAUGAUGAGCUUUACUACGAGAUCAUUCGAAUGCACCAAGUCUUCGAUAACCUAUAUUCAAUGGUUUUAAGGCUUUCGACGAACAGCGGUCAGUGGAAGGAGCCAGCAAGCAAAGUGACACAUGCGCUGGUCAAUGUCAGAGCCAUCAUCAACCAUUUCAAUCCUAAAAUAGAGUCGUACGCAGCAGUUAAUCACAUCUCACAGCUCUCUGAAGAUCAGGUGUUGGAGGUGGUCCGCUCUAACUACGACACACUGACACUGAAGCUCCAGGACGGGUUGGACCAGUACGAACGGUACUCAGAACAGCCCAAAGAGGCGGCCUUCUUCAAAGAGCUGGUCCGCUCCAUCAGUCUUAAUGUGAGGAAGAAUCUUGCUGUGAAUACAUUGAGCCAGGAGAUCUUGCUGAAAGAAUUCUCCACCAUCUCCUGAAAGUGGCUUCUGUCUGUCAGCCUCAUACCCCCACCUUUGGUUUAACUAGCACACCAAUGUUUUGAUUCUUUUUCCAGUGGAUUAUUGUGUAAUGAUUUCUUUUUUAAAAAAAAAUACAAUUGGAUUCUGCGAUUGACUUCCUGCAGUGCAUGUUGUUUGUGGCAUUCUGAAUUCUAUCAGACCCAGCCUGCCUUCACAGUGGGAGAGGAGACCCUGAACUGUGCAUUUUCGCACUGCAUACUUGAGAUCGAACACUCGAUGCUGGCUUGCAUUCAACUCGUCGUUGAUUUUUCUGGAGCUGAAAGCCUAGGACUGGCAUCACAGUGAAGUGACACAAACGGGCCAUGCAGCCUCACGGUCUCCUUGAGUAUUAUCUUUUUCUCUUCUCUUGCCUCAGGGGCUAGAGCUGCUGGUGACUCGAUUCCGCAGUUACAUGUGUGCGAGAGGCUUGGUGUGUUUCAGAGUUAUCAGCCCCGCCUGUCUGGCUCAUAUCCAGCUCCCAUGGUAACCUGCAGCACACGUUUACAAAGAAGUGACUCCCAGCCUGGGACCGAAAUCCCUGCAGACAAUCUGACCUUGGUGUUGGGAGCUGAACCUGGCCGGACCAGUGUGUGAUGAGUCGCUGAGAGCUGGCUUGAACUUUUUACGCUGAUCCCUAGUUAAUGUGUUUACUGGAAGUGUCGAUCACUGCAUACAAGUGACACAGCUUCCAUAUAUCUUAGUGUGGAACAUGCUUUGGAGAAUAAAGAGUUAUAGCAUA